CUCCGCUCGUGCCCUUCGCCGACUGUGAAAUCGGCCCGACGAGGCCGAAAUCGGCCGAAAAACAUCUUGAAAAAUCGCGAAUUAAAAAUCGCAAUCGCCACGAGCCCCCGGGGCCCCCUUCAGAGCCCCCGCAUCGACGGCAGAGCGAAAACCCGGGCGCUUCGGCCGCACUUCGGGCGUCUCCGCCGCUUUAUUAUUGGGGGGAUCGACCCGUCGGUUGGAACGACACAAACGUUGGAUUUCUGGUCCAAUAGUGUUGCUCCGUUCAUCUCCCAUUUGCUUACGCACGGAGCAUCGCCGCCGCUGCACUCACAGCAGGCAAAAAGCAGCGCAAGGAUCGCUCGCCAAGGCGUUUUCAGGCAGCGGAUGAGCGUCUAGGGCCCUUUCGGACACCCCCGCGAGAUGGUCACGGGGUCACCGGCGACUCUUCUGCUAGUCUGACAGGUGCGCGACCCACGGACUCACUCCUCACCACUCUGCAACAUGUACGCCAAAGGCAAAGGCUCGACCGUACCUUCGGAUGCCCAGGCACGCGAAAAAUUGGCUUUGUACGUCUACGAGUAUCUUCUACAUGUGGGGGCACAAAAAGCAGCUCAAACCUUUUUAUCAGAGAUAAGAUGGGAGAAGAAUAUAACGUUAGGAGAACCACCUGGGUUUCUACAUUCCUGGUGGUGUGUAUUCUGGGACUUAUAUUGUGCAGCGCCGGAGCGGAGGGACACUUGUGAGCACUCGAGUGAGGCAAAGGCCUUCCACGACUACGGAUUCGUGAAUUCUGGCUAUGGAGUCAACGGAAUCACACAUAAUGCUGGUCCAGCACCCAGUCCACUUGGGCAAAUGCCCCCGAACGACGGGAUGCCCGGAGGACCCAUGCCCCCUGGUUUCUUCCCUAACUCGACAAUGAGGCCAUCACCACCCACUCAUCCGUCAACUCAGCCAUCCCCACACCCCCAACCACCCCCUCCUCAUAGUCAAAUGAUGCCUAAUCAGCCGUUUAUGGGUCCUAGAUAUGGAGGUCCAGGACCGAGACCGAACGUAAGAAUGCCGCAGAUUGGAAAUGAGUUCAAUGGGGUGAGUUUUCCCCCUGGGCAGCCACUGAUGUCGAACAACAUGGACCCCACGCGGCAAGGUGAAGGAGGUGAAUUUGUUGGUUGGCAAGGCCCUCCUGGCAUGAACCCAAUGAACCCAAGAAUGAACCCACCGCGGGGUCCAGGAAUGGCCCCCAUGGCACCCGGCGGCUACGGCCCCGGAAUGAGAGCACCUCCUCCUAAUGCGAACCUCGGCCCUGGAUCUGGACCACCUAUGGGUCCCAUGGGCGGACCUGGUGGACGACCCCAGUGGCAACCAGUUACUUCAACAUUUCAGCCUAUGAGCUACUCGUCAUCAUCACCUGGAAACUAUGAAUCCAUGCGGUUUCAGGCUCCUCCUGGCUCGACAGGACCACCUGGCCCAGGAACACCUAUAAUGCCAAGCCCACAAGGUUCAGUGGGUCCCUAUUCCCCUGCUAGUCACAGAAUGCCCACUCCCAGUCCUGUCACACGACAAGCGUUCAUUUCAGACUCGUCUAAUUCUGGAGGCGAAAACAUGUACACCAUGAUGAAGCCCGUGCCUGGAGGCAAUAUGCCUGGGGAUUUCCCGAUGAGUGGAGGCCCCGAGGGCGGCAACAUGGGCCCCAUAGGGCCAAAUUCAAUGGGUCCUGUGUUGAAUGGCGACGGCAUGGAAGGCAUGAAGAACUCACCGGCCAACGGCGGCCCGGGAACACCUAGAGAAGACAGUGGUAGUGGGAUGGGAGACUACAACUUAGGGGGCUUUGGUGGGCCGGGGGAAAAUGACCAAACCGAAUCAGCAGCCAUACUGAAAAUUAAGGAAAGUAUGCAGGAAGAAGCCAAGAGAUUUGAAAAAGACUCGGACCAUCCUGAUUUUUUCAUGCAAUAGCGUUUGUGCCACAACUCCUGCUCCACAAGCUCCUUCCUUCAAAUAAAACCUUAGUUACCUCCAAAUUGUACACAAGAGCGAGAUGUUAGCGACGCGGUGACACAAACUGAUUAUGAAUUCGGAACGUUUAUAUAUAUAUUUAAUGAUUACGAUGGAACAUUUGCAAUCGGUAGGGCGAGUACGUAUAUAUUUGGCAUCUCUAGUUGAAGAGGGCACAGAGGUCAGCGAACCGCCACCUGCAAGGCUCUUGUUUAAAAGGUUCUCCUUGUUUCGAUUUCGUAGUUUUUCCCCAAAGCCUGAAUCCGUUUCUCUAAUUUUAUUGAGAGAUCUCGUUUCGAGGCCCAGCUUUAAAGGCGGCCGCUGUUCCUAUUACUCCGUAGAGAAAGAAAUUGCUCGGAUUUUGGUCCUCGAUCGGGCCGCAGCUGGUGGCGCUUUGCUCUCCGUCUCUGUCUUGUGUAGAACGCGGUGGCGGUCGGGAAUCUCUGUUGAAUCAAGCCAGCCGCACACCGCCGCGCAACCCACCAUUUUUUUGUUGUCUUUUGAGAGAAUCAAUUUAAAAGAAGAAAAAAACUGUGAAACUGACGGCGUGUAAAAGAGAGAAAGAAGAAGUGUUUCUGGCGGACGGCUGCAACCUUGAACGAACAAAAUCUGACCCCGUGCAUAUAAUUGCAAUGAGCUGGUUUUUUUUUAAUUCGAUUUGAUUGUGAAACAGGGACAAAAGCGACGAUUUUUCAUCAGGUACAAAACUCUUUGAGAAUUAAAUUUUCUGAUAAAAUUUUGAAAAACAAAAAAUCACCACUGAUAGGCGCAAAUGCAUUUUUGGAGCUCAUUGUUUCUGCCAGUAUUACUAAUUAAAUCAAGAUAUAUACUGAGUAGCAUUUUCUCGAGUUACUUGAGAGGUUCGUUUUUUUCUAAUUUAGGCAUCUUCCGAAACGAAGCGCAGUCUGCUUUACACACAUAUUGUUUGUUUUUAAUUUAUUCUCGAGUAUUUAUGGAUUUUACUCCUUGAGAACCUGCUCCCAUUAUGUAAAAUGUACAUCACACACACAUACACAAAAGCAGCAAACUCUCACACACACGCAUACAUACACGAAAGGAAAAAACUUUUGUAAAUAUUAUACCUUCAAUGCCGAUUGACGCGAAUUCUGAUUUUUAAAUUUCUGUAAAUUAUACAUACACAUGUACCUUUAUAAUUUAUAUGAAAAAGAGAGGACGAGAGAAAGA